GCUGCGAGGCCUGUCGCUCGAUAUAUAGAGGAGAUACGACGUGUGCCCUCACACACUCCUCUGAGAGUGUUCUGAGACGACUUCUUUCUAGCCUUAAGUUCACUUCACCUUUCAUCCAAAUUCUCGUUCAUAGCCACCUCAAGUGGCGGAACACCUUCACCUCACGAAGCAGCAGGAGAGGCACAUCAGGCCGACCGACGAGCCGUGCGCCGUUGUAAGCGACCCACAGCCCAGUAAGAGUAAUUUUUGUCCGCGUAACCGGCGCCAUACCAAGCAACCCGCCCGCAUAGGAUGGUAGAAACUGACCCCGGGCCCAAGAAAUCUCACAAUUGUGAUGUAAAAAGGGACCUUCAACUAAACGGCCCAGGUUCCAAAGCCGCCGAGCUUGGCGUCGUACCUUCACUGAAGACACCAGUCAAGCUCGACCCCGAGAAGGGCUCCAACUCGGAAAAAGCUGACUUCGAGAGGGCUAUCGAGUUAACCGGAUAUGGACGGUUCCACUACCUGCUCCUGGCAGUAUGCGGCCUCGUCAGCACCUCAGAGGAGAUGGACGUCAUCUCGAUGUCCUUCAUCCUUCCAUCGGCUCAGUGCGACCUAGACCUCACCACACAGACUAAAGGAUGGCUGAACAGUAUAAUCUUCAUCGGUAUGAUGGUGGGUGCGUACGCGUGGGGCUCCGUGGCGGACUCCUUAGGCCGCAAACGUGUGCUCAUCGCGAUCUCCGUGGUCAACGCGCUCGCCAUCGUCGCCUCUUCCUUCAGCCAGAACUACGAACUCUUCAUGCUCUUCCGCUUUAUCAAUGGUGCCGCUUUAGGUGGAUCUGGUCCUGUGAUCUGGUCAUACUUCGCGGAGUUCCAGCCGAAGAAUAAGCGAGGUGCCAUGUUGAGCUUCAUGGCGGCUUUCUGGACUCUUGGCAAUUUGUUCGUCGCUGGUUUAGCCUGGGUCAUCAUCCCUAGCGGAAUUGGAGGAGUCACAAAUGGUUUCGUGUACAACUCAUGGCGUAUCUUCUUGCUGGUAAUGUCACUGCCUUCCUUCUUGGUAGCCGCAUUACUUUUCCUGCUCCCCGAGUCUCCCAAGUUCUUGAUUUCAAAUGGCCGUCACGACGAAGCCUUAGAAGUAUUCAAAGGCAUUUACAUGAUGAACACCGGCCGGAGUAAGGAGGAGUACCCAGUCAAACAGUUGCUGGUCGAAGAGAACUACCAUUCCAAACCAGAGAAACAGAUUGAAGCCAAUAAGGAGCCUAAGUCUAAGUUAAGGAAAAUGUUCAGCGACAUCGUGGAACACAGCAAACAGUUAUUCGUGCCGCCUAUACUCAAGUUUACUGCGAUCUCUAUCACUAUUAACUUCACAUUCCAUAUUGGGUACUACGGCCUCAUGAUGUGGUUCCCAGAGAUGUUCAACCGCUUCGACGAAUGGUCCAGGACGCAUGACAACGCGGAGGCUGACAUUUGCAUGGUUACCGAGUAUGUCACAAAAUUCGGAACACAUUCGACGGCAGCACAGUGCGACGCUCACAUAAAUUCAGAUGUAUUCAUGGAUUCGCUGAUCACUGUAGCUGCUGCUAUUCCAUCUAAUAUAUUUGCCGUACUUGGUAUGGACCGACUUGGAAGGAAGUUCUUCCUUGUGUUCGCGACAUUCUCGGCUGGGUUAUGUUCAGCCGCUAUGUACUUCGUGUACAAUAAGACAAACAACUUAAUUGUAAGCGCCAUCUUCAGUUCGGUGAUAUCCUGCGGUAACGCGUCACUCGACUGUCUCAUCACAGAAGUCUUCCCUACUAACUUGCGUGCUACCGGUGUAGCGGUGUCGAUGGUGGCGGCCCGGCUGGGUGGUAUCAUCGGCAACGUGGUGAUCGCCGCGCUGCUGGACACGUACUGCCCGGCGCCCACCUUCAUCGUGGCCGUGCUGCUGGCCAGCGGCGGCCUCAUGUGCCUCUUCCUGCCCAACACCACGCGGCAGGCCCUCUCCUAACAUCGCCAUCGCUCUCACAGAAUGCCACUACACUCAACUUUUUUCUUGCCGUACAAACUUGUAAUGUCAAUUUCGAAGAAGACUCAAAUGGCAUUUUGUUUGAGUAACUUUGGCCUGCCAUGUGAUAUAUAACAUAAUUUUAAGAUAUUAAGCAUUAAUCUCAUCGAAAGAUCCAAUGAUGUAAC